AUGGGUUAUGUGACUUUCUGUGAUCUCAAAUGUCUGUCUUCUGUUUUACAGAUUUCCUCAGAGCCCCCAACUAAAAAGUCAAAAUUAGACGAUGCCAUCAUCCACUCCCCAAGCUCCACUGAGAAGGACAAGUCCUCCAGCUGGUUACGGAAUUUAUCAAACUCUAGCAAACAGAACACGGGAUACGUCCACCCUCGCCAGCGCCUAUCUGCUUUCCGGCCCUGGUCCCCCGCCAUUGCAGCAAAUGAAAAGGAGAUUCCAACCCAUCUACCCACCCUGAUCCGAGAUAGUAGUUUUUAUAAUUACAAAAGCUUUGAGAACCUUGUUGCCCCCAAUGUUGCCCUGGCACCCCCAACCCAACAGAAAGUCAUCACAAGCCCUCUUUGUGCACCUGCUGUACCAAGAAGUACUCAAGCAUCAGGUAGCCCUGCUCAGUCUCGAAAACGAAGGCCCACAGCAGAACUGCCCCCAGCACCUGAAGCCCCCACUCCUUCUGUCACAACUCGGGAAGAGGAGAAGGAGUCUGAAACUGAGAUAGAAGUGGAAAGUAGAGAAGAAUUCACUUCCUCACUGUCUUCGCUCUCAUCUCCUUCCUUCACAUCCUCCAGCUCCGCCAAGGAGUUGAGUUCCCCAGGCAUGCUAGCCCCAGUUGCAGUUAACCAUUCCUUUGAAGUGGCGCCUCAUGGAGAUUCCCUUAGCAGUGGGCUAGAGGCAGAGCUGGAGCACCUUCGGCAAGCCCUGGACAGUGGUCUGGACUCCAAGGAAGCCAAAGAGAAGUUCCUUCAUGAAGUAGUUAAGAUGAGAGUAAAACAAGAAGAGAAAUUGAAUGCUGCAUUGCAGGCCAAACGGAGCCUUCAGCAGGAGCUGGAGUUUCUCCGUGUUGCCAAGAAAGAAAAGUUGAGAGAAGCAACAGAGGCAAAACGCAACCUAAGGAAAGAAAUUGAACGGCUCAGAGCGGAAAACGAAAAGAAGAUGAAAGAGGCAAACGAGUCACGGUUACGUCUGAAAAGAGAGCUGGAGCAAGCCAGACAGAUUAGAGUGUGUGACAAGGGCUGUGAGGCUGGCCGAAUACGUGUGAAAUAUUCUGCCCAGAUCGAAGAAUUGCAAGCAAAACUCCAGCAAGCAGACAAUGACCGAGAAAAGCUGCGGACAGAUCUUGUACAUGAGAGAGAAGCCAGAGAACACUUGGAAAAAGUUGUUAAAGAUCUACAAGAACAACGCUGGGCAAAGCCCGGUUGCCUUUCCAGCAGCGAACAUACACGAAAAGACAUUGAAAACUAA